UAAGGAUUAUGACUUGUUUGUAACCGUACUUACACAAGUGUCAAGAUUGUUUUGUAAACAAAGACUAUCUUUUAAAACGUUUUUCGUGGACUAAAAAUGGUUUAUAACAAAAAAGAGUAUGAAACUAACCUCAAAUUUAUCCAAGUUGCUACUGGUAUACUUUGUAUAUCCGGACUGAUUUUAUCCAUCUAUGCUUAUCAUGUGGAAACUAAAAAGGAAGAAGAUGAAAACUAUACAGCAAUGUGUGACAUUUCUGAACAUAUGAGCUGCACUGCUGCAUUUUCCUCGAAAUAUGGCAAAGGAUUUGGCUUACUUCAACACGUUCUAGGAGAAAAUUCCAUAUUGGUUCAACCAAACAGUGUGUAUGGCAUUAUGUUCUACUUAGGAUUCAUACCUAUUAGUGAAGUUCGAAACCUCACAGUAUCUAGACUCAUAAUUUUAGUGGCUUGCAUUUCAAAUGCUUGUUCAGUUUAUCUUGCCUACAUUUUGAUGUUUAUUUUGUAUGAUUUCUGUGUUGUUUGUGUUACAACAUAUCUUCUCAAUGCAUUAUUGCUAAUCUGUAGUAUAUUUCGAUACAGGUAUCAUGUUAUUUAUUUAGAAAGGAACUCAAGUAAAAAGAAAAAGUAAUUUUUGAUUCUUAGGAAGAUUUCAAAAAACAAAAUUUAUUUUCAUGGUAAAUUUAAAAGUCAUUUAAUUUGUUUUAUAUCAUUGUAUUAUAAUUUUGCUAUCAGAAUAUUUUAAAAUUCAUUAUCUAUAUUUUCUAGCUUUGUAUUAUUUGUAUAAAUAAAUAUAUGUAUAUAAGGAAAUGAUAAGAGUGAAAUGUUUUGUUUACUUCAGGUGGAACUUAUCUUAACAGAAAAGUGAAAGUACAAGUUGAAUGAAAAUUGAAUAGCUUGUACAACAAAAGUUUUAAUUUAAAAAAAAAAAAAAAUUUAUUUUGUUCUUAUUUAAUAAUACAACAGAAAUUUAUUUUCGACAAGUAAUUAUAUCUUUGAAAUUUGAGUGGGUGAAGGUAUUAAGUGACAUCUUUGAGUGUUGUCGGGGUAUAAAAAAUGUUCCAAGUCAUUUUGCAACAGUCAUAAAGUAACCUUAGGAAGACUUUUGGCAACAAAAUUAAAAUGUCAUGACAGCUUAAUGGCCUUUAGAGAUUUAUAGAAUUUUCCAAUUAGAAGCUUGUGCCCACUAAAUUAUAAAAAUUGUAUUUGCUGUUAUCAUUAACUAUAUCAAACUAUUUUCAUUAUAAAAACUUAUUCGACUAAAAUUCAAUUUAACUAUCAAGCUUUACUUGUUCAAUUUUCACAUGAAAUUGUUUGAAUAACACAAAAUACCUUAAUCCAUAAUCAGAAUUAUGUUUGCAUUUGUAAAAGCUAUACAUGAAGUUCUGUUUACUUUGUAUUGUCGCAUUAUUUAUUUUCAUGUUUUUGCUUCAAUGGUUUUCCAAUAUUUUCAUUUGUGGUUUAUUUUAUUUCCUGCUGAAGUAUGUAGCUUGUUGCACAAGUAGCAUAACUUAGAUUUAUUUUUUAUAAGAUGUUAUUAUACUAUCAAAACAGGUUAUUUUCAUUGCUUUAUAAUAACAUUACACAGGAAUGUUACAGUUGAAUGUGAUUUUCAAAUUAUUGUUUUAUGCUGGAAUAAUUAAUGCUUAUUUAGUGGCGGUCCACUCUCAGUACCAGUUCUUGAGGUGACAGAAAAUUUUGUUUUGUUGCAAAUAACUUAAAUCUUUAAUUGUAGUUAUAUUUUUUUCUGAAUGUUUUUUUUUUAUUUGGCAUAGAACUUCUGAUUAAUUUAGUUCAUUAGUAAAUGUAAAAAAUAUGCACUUUCCGAGUACUUCAUCAGUACAAAAAAAAAAUACUUAACCACAUUUAUUUGAGAAGAUCUCCUUCACAGUAUCAAUACACUUUUUUAUGCCAUAAAUUUUUGAUUUUUAGCCUUGGUUAUUUGAUAUCUGUUGGUUGGUCUGAUUUUAAUCCUAUUUAAUAGUUUUCAUUAAAUUAAGCUGUUUUUAAUAAAAUUGGACAAAAUUUU